AUGGCUGAAACUGCUGCGCCCGUCAAGCCUCAGGCCCCCGUCGCCGAGUCCCAGGCCCGGCCUACUCGUCCUGAUGAGAAGGUCUUCAAUGAGGCUCUCGCAAAGGCUGAGAAGGAGCACAAGGCGUCUAUGGAUCGAUUGAACGCCAUCAAGGCCAAGAUCGACGUGGCCCUGCCCAACAAGAACAAGGAUCAGCCCAACCCUGCCCAGAAGCGACGUCAGGAACUCAUUGCUCAGGCCAACGAGAUCCGCCAGAAGCAGGCCGGUGGCAAGAGCGCCCGCACCACCAAGCUCGACCAGAUUAAGCGUCUCGAUGAGCAGCUGCGCAGCCGUAUUGCCGAGCAGAAGACGGCCAAGGCCAAGGUUUCCUUCAAGAGCGCCGAGGAUGUCGACCGCCAGAUUGCCAGCCUCGAGAAGCAGGUCAACUCGGGCACCAUGAAGCUCGUCGAAGAGAAGAAGGCCCUGUCCGACAUUUCCAACCUGCGAAAGGUCCGCAAGAAUUUCGGCCAGUUCGACGACUCCCAGAAGCAGAUUGACGAGCUCCGCGCCAAGAUCAAGGACAUCAAGGACACCGUGGAGGAUCCCGAGCAGAAGGCCUUGUCCGACCAGUACAACAAGAUCCAGGCCGAGCUGGACGCCAUCAAGGCCGAGCAGGAUGAAGCCUACAAGGGCAUCUCCAACUUGCGCGACGAGCGCUCCAGGCUCCAGGCCGAGCAGCAGGAGAAGUACACCGCCAUCCGGAAACUCAAGGACGACUACUACGGACAAAAGAAGGCUUUCCAGGCUUUCGAGCGCGAGGCCAGGGAGAAGGCCAAGGCCCGCCGCGAAGCCGAAAAAGAGCAGUGGAGGAAGGAGAGCCUGAAGAAGGAGGCUGACAAGGCCCUUGCCGAGGCCAGCUACCCCGCCUACUACGAUGAAAUUCGCCGCGCCAACAGCCUGCUCCAGUUCCUCGAUCCUACCUACAAGGCUGAGACAAGGGGCCCUCUCACCACCGACAGCGGCCUCGGCGCCCAGGUCCAGAGAACUGUGGAUGACUCUGCUCUCAAGGGUACCAAGCUGGUGCGCAAGGAGGACCGGGACGACGAAUACGCCCCGGCCGUGAAGAAGGGAAAGAAGGGCAAGAAAGGGGGCGCCUCUGCCACCGCUGCCCCUGCCGCUGCCGCUGCCACCCCCACCAAGUUUUUCAACUGCCCUCCCUCUGUUGUUGAAGACUGCGCCUUCAUCGGUGUCGACCCCCCAAUGGCCAGCGCCGACGUGCCUGGCGUUGUUGAGAAGGUCAAGGCCAAGAUUGAUCACUGGAAGAACGACCGGGAGGCUCAAACUCAGCGAAACAUCGAAAAGGCUAAGAAGCAGAUCGAGAAGCUCGAGCAGGACGCAGUCAACGGCGACCAGGUUGCCGAAGUUACUGAGGGUGUCAAGGAUGCCUCUCUUAACGACAAGCAGGAGUCAUAA